AUGGCUUCUACGGAGGCUUCUCCAGAGGCCUCCCCAGAAGUCUCCCCAGGGCAGCGCAAUUCUUCCAGCAUGUUGAGUGUGCCCGAUAACAUCCAAGAGCUUCGAGACCAAAUAUUUAAUUUGGCUACCGAUGCCGCUAUCAUCAUGCCGACCAAUGAAUUCCACGCCAGAAUGCCACUUGCAUCGCACGAAAUGGUUGCGGGGCCGACUCUGGCGGAAGAAACCCAUUCCAAUCAGAGUGAGCGAGGAGAAUCGAAAGCGCAUUCGAGCUUCCGCACCACUCGUCGCGUGUGCCUGCACGAUCAGGGCGGUUCAUACCGUGGUGAGACACGCAUUUUGCGAACGAGCAAGGAGGGUCAUAAUCAUGAUUAUGAGGCGGUCGAGGACAAACUUCCCAGUGGAGUUCGUCGACUGGUGGCUCAAGAAGUUGCGAAAGGCUACGGGGCUAGUCAAGUUGUGAAAGCCCUUAAGAAAUCCAAUGGAAAUCUGGAAGCUUUAUAG